CGCACGUUUACUUUCGGAACUUAACAGUGUGACAUUUAGCGGAAGUAAACUACAUACUCUUGUAGCUUUAGCUGCAUUAGAGGUAAUGUGUUAUUGUGGCCGUAUUGUAGAUAAUUAUUUUCAGUCUCAAUUAAGCAGCAAUGCCUUCAGUGGAGUACGUGAGGCAGUUUGUCAACGAGCGACUAACUGCUGCUGCGGAAGAAAUAUUCAGAGUUUUUGAGAAAACCAUCGUCGAGUACGAGGAGGAGCUCGAUCGCCAGCGCAGACUGUUGGAGCUCCCACAGCAACAUGCCUGUGAGGAGGAAGAUGAGGAAGAGGAGGAGGAAGAGGUUCUUGCUGACCAGCAGCAGAUGUGUAACGUUACUCAGGAGAAGAACUCCAGUCUGGACCCAGAGGAGCCACAUCCUCCACAGAUUAAAGAGGAACAGGAGGAACUCUGUGUCAGUCAGGAGGGAGAGCAGCUUGGACUGAAGCAGGAGACCGGUGCCUUCAUGUGGACUCCUACUUAUGAGGAAAGUGACCGCAGUGAAGACCAGACUCUGAACUUGAAUAACAAUGAAACUCAGUGUGUGGUGGAGGAAAAGUGUCUAAACUACAUUCCAGUAAACAGGUCUGUAGUAUCAGAACCUAACACUGACCACCUGCUCCUCUCUCAUGAAACUGACAGCCAAGAUCAAAAAAUAGCCGAGCGUGGAGACUCCGGAUCAAUCAGAAAUGCAGAGCGAGAAACAAACAAGAGACAUCACAAAAGCAAAAGUCACAUUAACGUUGUAAACAACCCUAACUUGUCAGAGAUUCACCUUGAUACUCACACAGGUAAAGAGAUGUAUAACGAUAAAAGAAUCCACACUGAUGAGAAGCAACAUUCUUGCCAAACAUGUGGGAAAAGUUUCAGUCGGAUAUCAUCAUUGAAAUAUCAUUUAAUAACCCACACAGGUGAGAAGCCAUAUUCUUGCAAAACAUGUGGGAAAACCUAUGCUCAGAUAUCAUCAUUGAAGUAUCAUAUAAGAACCCAUACAGGUGAAAAGCCAUAUUCUUGCAAAACAUGUGGAAAAGCUUUCAAAUGUAAUACUAUUCUGAAAGUCCACGUUAGAACCCACACAGGUGAGAAGCCUUAUACUUGUAAUACAUGUGGGAAUAGAUUCUGUGACCUGUCUGCAUUGAUAAGACACAUGAGAAUCCACACAGGUGAGAAGCCGUAUACUUGUAAAACAUGUGGGAAAGAUUU